AUGGCCACCUUGACUCCUGUCCCUGUGACUCUUCCUGAAGACAAAGUACCGACUAAAAGAGAUGUCAGAGACAUUAUCGGCACCUUUCUGACGAAAGAAUGGCCAUCCGUGGAUCCGGAGACCCUGACCAUGUCAUACCAUGCAUCGUUUGCCAACGCCCACUGUCCCGUGGAGCAACCGAAGCCGGCUAUCGGCGAACCUACCGAGCCCUUGAAGGUGUUCAUCAAAUUUCAUGAUGACACCGGAGGGGACCUCGAAGUCUUCAAGCAUCUAGCGCCAAGCAAGCAAGAGGAAGCGCUUCUCUGUUACGAGUACGGUCGGUCCGGACUGGGAGCCAAAGUCUACGGGUUCUUCCAGACGCGGGAUGGAACACUCGGGAGAAUCGAUGAAUUCCUGGACGCACGGAACAUGGAACCGGAGGAUGUGGAGAACCCAAUCAUCCGAGCGGAUGUUGCGAAAGGUCUGGCGAUCUUCCAUGCCCUGAAGACGUCGCUGGAGAAAAAGCCAGUGGAAUCAUACUAUGAAGCUGUCAUCAAUGGGCUAAAAAAGUACCACGAAAUGGACAAGUUAAAGGCACUUGGGAAAGAAGGAGGUGUCAGUAUCGACACACUGGUUAACUACGACUUUGGGACGAGGCUGAGAAAAGUGGUGGACAAGUUGGAAUCCAUAGGAGGAAAGUCAGGAUGGUGUAUCCACGACGUCCAGUUCAUGAACGUCAUGGUGAAAAAUGAUCCGAAGGAGGGGGAAAGCACAGUCGCCCUGAUUGACUUUGAGUUCGUGAUGCAGAACUACCGAGCAUUCGACAUCGGCGGGCACUUCAUGCAGAAGAUGUUUAAAUGGUUUGACGAGGAGAGCAGGAUAGCGGACUGCAGGAAAUAUUCAGAAGAGGAGAAGAGACACUUCUGUGACGAGUAUGCCAGGCAGUGGAACAAAGUGACGGGGGAUUCAGAUACCGGGGAUCAAGUGUUCCUGGAAUCCGAAUACGGAUAUUUGUUGGCCAUCACUUUUGACAUCCAUAACAUGCUGUGUUUCAUGGAUCAAAUCAAUGACAAGGAUCCCUUGAACCUGCUCGGACUAAACAAGCUGUUCGAUGAGUUUGUUAGUCAGUACGCCAAACUUAACCUAGAAGAUUGA